AUCUGUUAUCAAUGCCAUGUCAAUGCCGUAACUUCAAAUUUACCUAGUUCCCAUUGCUUCUUCAGUGGCAUGUUUUUGUUAAGCCGUGCACGUUUUUGAGAAAUAUUAAACCAUUGCGCUAUGAACGAGUUAGCCAAAGUUGCCAGAGAAGCUUUCCUCUUGCCUGUACAGGUAACCAAUGAUCGAAGUUUCUUUGAGGAAGGUUUUCAGCGUCAAUGGGCUACCAAAGUAGACUCUGCAGUAUCAGAUUUGAAGAAGAUGAUACCGAAUUGUUCGUUUCCCUCUAAAGACAAAUUAAUUGAGAAUGACAAAGAUAUAUUACAGUUACUUAUACUGUGUGGUGAACACAAUGUUUGUGCUGAGUGGAAUACCCAGAAACUAGUGGAGAAUGUAAAAGAUCUUCUCAAACUUUUGCUCCUAAAACUCGAUGCUGAAAACAUUUGUGAUACAUUUUGCUGCGAGGGAGUUUCUCACGCAAUUCUUCAACAACUUAAACCAAAAUUAGGAAAAAAUCAAAUAAAAACAUACCCUGCAGCAGUAAAUUGUUUCCUUUGGGUUAUCAGCAACACUAUGUUACCUGCCAUUGAUGAAUCUGUAGACUUUGCCAUACCUGUUUCCUUGGUACUAUUUGAUGAUUGGGAACCAGCCUACCAGCAGAAAGGUCUUGACUGCAUAUCUCAUAUACUAAAUCAAAAUCCUAAAUCUCUGCAACAAAGGGGAUGGCUUGAAGUCAUCUUUAGCAGCUUGAAGAAAAAUACUCAAUUCAAUGAUCGCUUGAAUUUGUACAAAUGUCUUGACAUUUGCCUAAAACUUCAGACGUUGGAUUUGGAAAGCCCAUCCAACUGGAAGAAAGAUGAUGAAUAUGAUAUUCUUGUGAAUGAUUUGUUACAAUCAACUCUAGUCCAAGAUUCACCAUCUGCAGCAACAUGCAACCUAAAGAUUCUGGUUAUUCUUUUUCAUUCAAUGAAAAUCAAAAUGGCAAAGUUUCUUCCUUCUGUAAUUGCUGUGCUAGACAACUACAUUACAGUUGGUGUUGCUCCCGAUAUUCACGUUUUGACGGUUGAGGUCAUGGAACAAAUCGUUGAGUAUUGCUGGGUAUGUCUGGAACCACAGUUUACCAGCCAUUUGUCUUGGGUCUUAUUCAAGCUAGCAAGUGGAAAAUUGGCUGAUGAAGAAACACGACUAAGAAUAUGUAAAUGCGCAGAUUUAAUUAAAAAUAUUUCCCCUUCGCAAGUACCCAUUCUUUCGUCCCGCCCAUAACAACAGCCUGUCUUUUUUUUUUUAUUCUUUCAUUCAUCGUAAAAUAAUCUAAUUUUUCACGAAAUCAUCGGUUGUUAUCGAAUACCGAUUAAGGUAGAUAGAAUAGAAAUAGAAUUAGCGGAAUAAUUGGAAUUCGUAACAUAUUGCAACAGUUUCUUAUAUCCUGCUCAUAUUUCGCGCGCUUUUUCAGUUGUCAUGGUAGUUUUACCUUAGCAGACGACAGAUUUCUGAAAUGCGAAAACAAACGUGUUGAUAGAAGUUCAAGUACAACAAAGAUUAUCUUUAAAUAUCGGUGUAAUGUUUAAAUUUACAAGGCUCAAUAACACUGUAAAAUAUUAAAGUGAAAUUGAAAUAAUUCAGUGUACUAGAGAGUUUCCGUUAAACCUUAAUAGUUGUUGAGUUAUACGUGAUUUAUCAGGUGACUUUAUAGACUCUAGUUGCUUAGUGAUGCAGAAUCCAUACUAACACGAUUAGUAUCAAUAAAACCGCAGCGUUUACUAAGUUGGUUGAGUUGUUGCUGAACUGCUUUCGACAAUGAAGGGUCAAUGACAGCAGCUUUCU